UCGAUUAUUGGCUCAUUUCAGAAUACGUCAAGGUCUUUUCACCAGCGGACGAUUCUAUAAUUCUUACACUAAUGGCGAUUAGCCAUGCGGAAUCUCGAGCUUCGGAAAAAUAUGCGGUCAUCGAUGUAAAAACUGGGACCCAGCAUUCUUAUCGCAAUUUAAUAAGUGACGUAACAGAAUUUCGGAAAAGAUUGUUAAGGGAGUCGGGAGCAGUUGGUGAAGAUUUGAAUGAAGCGAGAAUAGCUUUUCUAUGUCCUAGUGGUUAUGACUAUGUGGUUACUCAAUGGUCGAUAUGGUCGACUGGAGGUGUUGCGGUUCCAUUAAGUACUGCACAUCCGCCUCCAGAACUUUUGUAUUUCCUUAGAGACUCCCAAGCUUCCAUUGUUAUCACUCACCCGGAAUUUUAUGAUCGAAUGAGGGAUGUGGCAAAGGACGCCGGAAUCGAAAGAGUGGUAGUGAUCGGUGACAAAAAUCAAAGGUACAGCGAUGACGAUGAUGAGUUUAGGAUUGAUUUGUAUUCUAUGUCAGGGAAACCGAAAGGAGUCGUAUCGACUCAUGCAAACUUUGCAGCUCAGAUUAAAUCUUUGGUUGAAGCUUGGAGAUACACUGAGAAAGAUAAACUUUUGCAUGUAUUGCCGUUGCAUCAUUUGCACGGUAUCCUUAAUGUAAGUUCAAAGUUUCAAUGUCCGGGAAGGGGGACCGUGGAAAUGAUGCCAAAGUUUGAUGCAGCCAAAGUUUGGAGUAGAUGGAUGAGGCCAGAACGGGAUCUCACCCUUUUUAUGGCCGUUCCGACCAUUUAUUGUAAGCCAAAAAAUUGGAUUGCGUCCUUAGAUCACAUGCAUACUAAAGAAAGCUUCUAUUUUAGCAAAGUUAAUUCAAUAUUACAAAACCAACAUCCCCCCAGAAAACUGAUGGUAUCUGGAUCAUCGGCACUUCCAGUCACUAUCAGAGACGAAUGGAAAGAAAUUAGUGGGGGACAAGUAUUGCUGGAAAGAUAUGGAAUGAGUGAAAUUGGAAUGGGACUUAGUCAUGAGUAUGAAGUUGAGAAGAGAUACGAGGGAAGUGUGCAGGUGAGAUUAAUUUCAGAAGAUGGAAAGGACACUACUGAUGUUCCCGAACAACUGGGAGAAUUACAAAUCAAGGGCCCUAAUGUGUUUAAAGAAUAUUGGAAUAGACCCGAUGAGACUAAAAAAGAAUUUAGUGAAGAUGGAUGGUUUAAGACAGGCGAUGUGGCUAUAAAAACCAAAAACGAGAAGGUAUUUAAAAUACACGGAAGGUUGAAUAUCGAUAUAAUCAAGUCAGGAGCUUAUAAAAUAUCGGCACUGGAAGUUGAAUAUGCGUUACUGUCGCAUUCAAAUAUUUCGGAAGCUGCUGUGGUUGGAGUCGAGGAUCACGAAUGGGGACAGAAAGUUGCCGCUCUGGUUGCACUCAAAGAUCCUGCAA